AAAAAAAAAAGAAAGAAAACAGACCUACAGUAAAUAUCACAAACCGAUUUAAACAUAAACCUUGGCAGCCAAUACAUCCAACUAUUGGAUGAUUUUAUCUGGGGGUCUCAGCCACACGUACUCUGUACUCCGGAGUGGCAUCCCAACAAUGAGACAAACUUCACUGAUACGUACUCUGAUUUCGGAAUAAUCCGCAUCGUUACGAGGACAUGACUUGGUCGGAAAGCAGGGUUUCGCCGUUAGAUUCCCCGCAGGGUGGCGUUGUCUUCGCCCAUGUGGGAGGCAAACAAGAGAUGGGCUUUCAAUCCACUUCGGUCCAGGCACAUACUUUUCUAUACCGUACAGUACCUGAGUGGUUCCCCAUGUCCACAGACUUUUUUUCUUUUCUCAUUUCUCUGGUUUUUAUUUUUCUCACCGGUGAAAUUGUAGAUGAUGGGAUGUAUUCCUAUCGAAUUGAUGUUGUGCUCCAUGUAUGUACAUCCAGUACCAUGGGCACGCAUCCUGGUGGAGGGCCGGAUAGUUUUCCCUCUUUCCUAUCUUAGACUGAGAGAUUUAAAGACACUCAAGUGUGUUGUUGGCUGCUCCACUGUGGUUGAUGGUAUACCGUGGCUGGUGUGCUGGGCUGCGGUCUUACUGAGGCGUUAUUGGGUACGACAGUGAUGGAUGCUAUUGGAUCUUUGUACCUAGGAGGUGGCCUUCGAGAGUUUUACCUGGUACUCUUCCAUACAACCCGAUGUGUUCCUGGUACGGAUGGGUUAACCGGCAUUCAGGAAUAGUGCCCGAGCGCUGUCAGUUUUUAGUACAAACUAGCAGGGUAGCCUGAACAUGUUGGAUUAUAGGAGAGGUAGGGAUUUUCUGGUCUGAUGGGGUGCAUGACUCCU